CAUUGACUACUUCAGUUCGCCCCAAAAUCUGGUGCUUAGGGUUUCAAAAUCCCCGCCAACUCUCUCUCUCUCUCUCUACAAUGACGGUAGAGGACCAGAGCUCGGUAACCCCUGCACCAGUUCCAACACGCGGCGUCAAAGUCGCUGAGACUGGCUCCUGCCACCCUCCAACGGCGCCGUCACCUGGUAAUCCAAACCCUACUGACACUUCUCCGCCGAAGCCAUCCAGCCCCAGAGAUUUCAUCGUUUCUGUUGCCUCCAAUAUCGCUUCCCAGUCUCUACAGAACUUCGAUCCUGGCGUUUGGGGCGUCCUUACUGCUAUUUCUAACAAUGCUCGUAAAAGGCAACAGGGUAUCAAUAUAUUAUUAACUGCCAAUGAGCACUGUAUUGGGCGUUUGGUAGAGGACGUGCGUUUUCAGAUUGAUUCGACUGCUGUUAGUGCUAAACAUUGCUUAAUAUACAGAACAGAAAGCACUAAUGAAAAAAUGGAGAGCAUGACAUCAAUUUGGUUGAAAGAUACGAGCACAAAUGGAACUUAUCUCAACUGGGAGAGGCUUAAAAAGAAUAGUACUGCUGUCAAAGUCUGUCAUGGAGAUAUCAUAUCAUUCGCUGCUCCUCCUCAGCAUGAAAUUGCAUUUGCUUUUGUAUUUCGAGAGGUGCUCAAGUCUGCUGCUUGGCUGGAUAACGGGGCUGCUAAAAGAAAAGCAGAGGAAUUUGUUUCUGAAAAUAAGAGAUUAAAAGGUUUAGGAAUCGGUGCUCCUGAGGGUCCCAUAUCACUUGAUGAUUUUCGAAGCCUCCAAAGAUCAAACACGGAACUGAGAAAGCAGUUAGAAAGUCAGCUUGUUUUAAUUGAGACUUUGCGUAAUGAAUAUCGUGCAGCUGUUGAGCAACAUGGAAGUGAAUUAAAAUCAGUCAAAGAGUCCAUUGAGAAAUCUUACCUUGAUCAAUUGCAAGAAUUACAGCACAUGGUGGAUCUCAAACAGAAGGAACUAGGUGAAAUCAACAGAGUUUCUGCUGAACAGAAACAUAUUAUGGAAGACUUGAAUGAAAGGCUCAAUGCCUCUAUGCAGUCGUGUACUGAAGCAAAUGCCAUAAUAAAUAGUCAAAACGUAAAUAUAGCUGAACUCAAGGAACAAUUACAUGAAGAGCAGAGUCAGCGAAAAGAAGAGCGAGAAAAGGCUGCAGCUGAUCUGAAAGCUGUUGUACAUAGAGUUCAAUCGGAGGCUCAGGAGGAAUUGAAACGAUUCUCUGAUGAUGCCUUAAGACGGGAAAGGGAGUUACAAGAAUUGAUAAAGAAGCUUCAGGAGUCGGAAAGGGAAAGGUGUUUGCUGGUGGAAACCUUGAGAUCCAAGCUGGAGGAUACCAGGCAAAAGUUGGUUGCCUCUGAUAAUAAAGUUCGGCAGUUGGAAGCUCAAGUACAUGAUGAGCAGCUUGCCUCUGCAAAUCAUAUAAAGAGGGUAGAAGAACUUGAGCAGGAAACUAGAAGAUUAAAGAAAGAGCUUCAGAGUGAAAAGCAGGCAGCUCGAGAAGAAGCAUGGGCUAAGGUUUCUGUUCUUGAGCUUGAGAUGAAUGCUGCAGCACGAGAUCUUGACUUUGAGAGACGAAGGUUUAAAGCUGCCAGAGAGAAACUCAUGCUUCGGGAAACACAGCUACGAGCAUUUUAUUCAACAACUGAGGAGAUACAAGUACUGUUUGCUAAGCAACAGGAACAAUUGAAAGCAAUGCAGAGAACUUUAGAAGAUGAAGAGAAUUAUGAGAAUGCUUCUAUUGACAUGGAUGGAGUCAUUGGUGGGACGUCAGGUCAAGGAAAUGAAGUCGCAGCAUACCACAGUAAAAUUUCUGCCAAGGCUGGAUCAACGUCUUCUGCACAGAAGCAUAUUGAAGAACAAGUUGAAACAUCCAGCAAUGAAGCCAGUGUCACCGAGAAGCAUGACUGUGACAUCAGAAGUGACGAAUGCCAAGAUACACAAGAGGCAGAAUUUACCAGUGCAGAUCACGACCAUGGUGCCAAAGGUGGCUUUGGUUCUGACAUUGAUGGUGCUGGCACUUUGAAGGAAGGAGAUGCUGUUGACACUGAACGAGUUCUUGAAACUCAAAGUCCUGCCAAUUACAGUGAGCAAAAAGUUGAUCUGAACAAGGAUGCUGUUUUAGUUGGGGACACCAUGCAGUUUGAUGAUGACAUGAAUGUUCAAGAAACUGAGGAGCAAGGUCAAACAACUUGUCGGGAAGUUCCUGUGGACACACAAAAGACCAUUGAGGACACUGAGGCUGGGGGAACAAUCAGGACUGCAGAUCUUCUAGCUUCUGAAGUUGCUGGGAGCUGGGCUUGCAGCACAGCCCCUUCUGUACAUGGAGAAAAUGAUUCUCCCGGAAGCAGGGACAACAAUGAAGGUGCUGGGGAUGAUUCGAUUCAUCCGAUGGCUGAGAGUCAGAAUGCUCCUGAUGCUACUAAAUGGAAUUCUGAACUCCGAGCACUUAGUGAGAUGAUUGGCAUUGUUGCUCCUGAUUUGAGGGAGCAUUUUGAAGGUUCUGCGAAUGAUUGUGAUCAAAAGAAAGAAAAGGGUGGUAUUCGGUCUGACUCAGAUACUCAAGCUGCAGAAACACUGGCAAUGAUGCUCAAAUCAAAAAGUGGAUCAGCAUCUGAUGCAGAAACUAAAGGUAAUAACCAUGUUGAGGAGGAGGAAGAUUCUGAAGCCACUCAAGACAAUAAUCCCAUGGAUGAAGAUUCUGAAGCCACUCAAGAUGAUCUUCUUGAGUAGUGGGUAGUCUUGGCUUGGCUUAGUUUGAUUGAAAUUUUUCUUUGGGGUUCACUACAGAUACCCAUCUGUACAUGGAACAUUCAGGAUUGCUUUCAAACAUGAGCCCGUGCAUGUAGGUGCAAUCCGGUAUGUUUCAUGGGAUGCAUGCUUGGGGCCUAUUAGAGGAUUCAUGAAGUGUUUCACUUGGGCCGCGAAUCCCUGAAGCUAUCUGUUUUGAGCCUUCUUAUCUAUCUAUUCCUUUUCUGUCCACCCUCUCUCUGGUUUGUGCUUGUUAGGGUAUCAUAUUGUAUAUACUUAGCUGACUUGUCAAUAUUUAGCUAUAGGUGGAAUUGUAGUUCUAGCCCGUGGUUUAAGUAAUUUAAUCGUUGUAGUUUCUAUUA